AUGCGAGGAUGUCUGCAGCUAGGCCGAUGGCUGAGCGCAGCGCCGAGAUGCCAGGCCGCUAACCUCCGACCAUCAACUUGCCUCUCUUCUUUGUACAGAUUGCAGAGGUCCUUCUCUAAUACUACGAGAUACCAUGGACGUUCGAAGACGACGCCACUCAAGUUGGAUGUAGAGCUUGAGAAAAGAAUUUCCGCGAUCCCAAUCGAACGUUUCCGCAAUUUCUGCAUCGUCGCACAUGUCGACCAUGGCAAGAGUACGCUUUCCGACCGAUUACUCGAAUUGACGGGCACCAUUCAGGCGGGAACAAACAAGCAAGUGUUAGACAAACUCGAUGUCGAGCGCGAGCGAGGAAUCACGGUCAAGGCGCAGACCUGUACCAUGAUCUAUAACUACAAAGGCGAGGACUAUCUGUUGCAUUUGGUCGAUACUCCUGGCCAUGUGGACUUCCGUGCAGAGGUGUCGCGGAGUUAUGCCAGCUGUGGUGGAGCAAUUCUCUUGGUUGAUGCUAGCCAAGGUGUUCAGGCGCAGACAGUCGCGAAUUUCUACCUGGCAUUUGCGCAAGGCCUCGAACUCAUCCCCAUUCUCAACAAGGUCGAUCUCCCCUCAUCUGACCCAGAGCGGGCUUUGAAGCAGAUACAGACCACAUUUGAGAUCGACACAGAGAAUGCAGUGAUGGUCUCGGCUAAGACAGGGUUGAAUGUCCCGGCUGUGCUGCCCACUGUUGUCGAGAAGAUCCCUGCACCCAUCGGCGAUCAUACGAAGCCUCUACGUAUGCUACUCGUGGACUCCUGGUACGACACCUAUAAGGGCGUGAUCCUGCUGGUUCGUGUUUUCGAUGGCGAGGUGCGGGCGGGCCAGCAACUUAUAUCCUUCGUGACCGGUCUCAAAUAUUAUGUCGGCGAGGUCGGCAUCAUGUAUCCGACUGAAACCGCGCAGACCGUUCUUCGUGCAGGUCAGGUUGGGUACAUUUACUUCAACCCAGGCAUGAAGCGGAGUAAGGAGGCCAAGAUUGGAGACACAUUCACAACGGUUGGCUCAGAAAAGCUUGUCCAGCCUCUGCCUGGGUUUGAAGAGCCCAAAUCGAUGGUUUUCGUUGCUGUAUACCCAGUCAAUGCGGAUCAUUUCGAGCACUUGGAGGACAGCAUCAACCAGCUGAUUCUGAACGAUCGAAGCAUCACAGUACAGAAAGAGUCUUCUGAUGCCCUCGGUGCCGGUUUCCGUAUGGGUUUCUUAGGAACCCUUCACUGCUCCGUUUUUGAAGAUCGUCUACGACAGGAGCACGGUGCCAGUAUCAUUAUUACACCACCCUCUGUUCCGGUCAAAGUCAUCUGGAAAGAUGGCACAGAAGAAAUCAUCACCAACCCCGCUAAAUUCCCCGAUGACGACAGAGUACGCCUCAAACUUGCCGAGGUUCAAGAGCCAUUUGUCUUGGUCACCUUAACAUUCCCAGAGGAAUAUUUGGGAAAAGUGAUUGAGCUCUGCGAGGCCAACCGCGGCGAGCAACAAAGCAUCGAAUAUUUCACUGCGACUCAAGUCAUCAUGAAAUACGAAUUGCCCCUGGCGCAUCUAGUCGAUGAUUUCUUCGGAAAGCUGAAAGGAGGCACCAAGGGCUACGCCAGCCUGGACUACGAAGAAUCCGCAUGGCGAGCUGGCAACAUUGUCAAACUGCAACUCUUGGUCAACAAAGAGCCCGUGGAUGCUGUCGCACGAAUCAUGCACUUGAGCCAGGUGGACCGACAGGGAAGAAUAUGGGUUACCAAGUUCAAGGAGCAUGUCGACCGACAACUUUUCGAGAUCAUCAUCCAGGCAGCUGUUGGAAAGAAGAUUGUUGCCCGUGAGACUAUCAAGCCAUACCGAAAGGAUGUUCUAGCAAAGCUGCAUGCUAGUGAUGUAAGUCGUCGACGAAAGCUGCUCGAAAAGCAGAAGGAAGGCCGCAAGAGAUUGCGAGCUGUUGGAAAUGUGGUGAUUGAGCACAAGGCUUUCCAAGCAUUCUUGGCGAAAUAA